AUGGCGGCGAUAAGCGACAGCGACGAUGAUAUCCCACCCUAUAGCGACCUGUCUAGCGUCUCGAGCGAUUCGAGCGAUCGAAUCCGGGGCAACGUAUUCCAAAAGGCGCUGUACAGGGUGGACCGCGCUCGCGGCAAGACGGAGGACUUUCUCAACGACAUCCACGAGUCGUACUCGUUCGACCUCGAUCCCGAGUACAGGCUGAAGCUGCAGAAACGGUUCGACGGAUGGGGCGUGGGCGCCAAGUUCGACUUCAAGUCCGGUGACUGCAGGGUCAAGGUAAAGAGCGCGCCGAGGCGAGGGGGCGAGGAUGGGUUCAGAUUCUGGCGAUGGUUCAAGAAGGUGGAGGUGCAGCCGGAGGACGGCGACGUGGAGGUCUUUACCAAGAAACUGCAGUUCGGCUACCUCAGCUUGCAGGGCAUUGGCGGGUAUAAGUCGGCCACCAACGGGUUCAACGCUCGGUGGAAGAUCGAGACCACGUUCUGGGAGAGCUCCCCGGCGAUGAUGGCGCUGCGUCGCUCGGAGGUGGCGUUGGAUCCUGACGAGAGGAUCAAGAUGGCGCUGCGGUGGGACCUGGACGUGAAGCCGCCAAAGGCUGAGGGGGGAAUCGGAGACGGGAACGAUGGGGGAUACGACCUGGACCUGGGCACGUACCACGUCGCGAUACCCAGGCUGGAGCUUAAGGUGGAUCUCACGUCGAAGGACAGAUUGUAG